CAGGGUCCAACUGUAAUAAACCCAUAGUUGAAGGUUCACACAUGAUCUACACCAGAAAAACAAAAAUCAAUCAAUAAAUACACACCUGCAUCUUGACCGCUUUCUCCCCCUUUCAACUUCAUCCCGUCACUCCAGAUCUGCAUCUUGAUUUCUCUACAGAUCUUGAACAUCUAUGGGUUCCGUAACCCUAAACCCCCAAAUCGCCAAUGCCGAUCCAAAUCCCAACAAUGUCAACACCAAAACACCGUACAGGAUCUACAUAGGCUACGAUCCGAAAGAAGAUGUGGCCUACGAGGUUUGCCGCUACUCAAUUCUCAAAAGAUCUUCGAUCCCCGUUGAGAUCAUACCCAUCAAACAGUCUGAAUUACGUGAGAAAAAGUAUUAUUGGCGGGAACGUGGGAAGUUAGAAAGCACUGAAUUCUCGUUCACGAGGUUUUUGACACCGUUUUUAGCUGGGUACGAGGGUUGGGCGAUGUUUGUGGACUGUGAUUUUCUCUACCUUGGAGAUAUUAAGGAACUGUUUGAUUUAACCGAUGAUAAGUACGCUGUGAUGUGUGUGCAGCAUGAUUACACACCAAAGGAGACUACUAAGAUGGACGGGGCUGUUCAGACUGUUUACCCGAGGAAGAAUUGGUCGUCGAUGGUGUUGUAUAACUGCGGUCACCCGAAGAACAAGGUUUUGAGUCCAGAGGUUGUGAAUAAGGAGUCUGGGGCGUUUCUGCAUCGGUUUAUGUGGUUGGAGGAUGAUGAGAUUGGGUCUGUUCCUUUUGUUUGGAACUUUCUUGUUGGGCAUAACCAAGUGGUUAAGGAUGACCCGAAUACCUACCCGAAAGCGAUACAUUAUACGCUUGGUGGCCCGUGGUUCGAGGCGUGGAAAGAUUGCGAGUUCGGUGAUUUGUGGUUGAAGGAGUUGGAGGAGUGUAAGGAGGUUGAGAAAGAGGAAGAGAAAGAUCAGAAAGUGGAGUAAGAUUUGAUCAUUUGAUCAUUUGAUGAUUGUUUAGUACUUGAGUAUUAUUGUUGUUAUUAUUUAUUGUUAUUUAUAUGUUUGAUGAAAUGCUGGGCUGGUUUAAAGUUGCUUAAGUAUCUGUAAUUCUAUUAUUCAUUAGUUAUGUAUGAUGAUUACUAUCCAUUAAUUGGUUUACUCAAUAAAAUGUAUGCUUUUGUUGCUA